GUCGGGCGCUUCCCCGGCCGUGAGAGCGGCUCAGCGUGCGGCUGCAGCCGAUGGGCUCCUCGGUGUAUUUGGGUAAAAAAGACGGAAGACUGCGCGUCAACAGAGCGAAGCGGCGAUGCUAACAUGCUAACCUGCUAACUGGUCCAAGCAACAUGUCGAACCGGAGCCGAUUGGCCAGGAAAUAGAAAACAGACGUUUCGCCUGACGAGCUCCUGAUGGAGACGCCACCGGACGCCGUCCAGUGAGACCGACAGAAGAGAACCCUCUGAACCUCAGGAUGGCGAGCAGGAGGAAGUCCACCACCCCCUGCAUGGUUCCUCCCAGAGAGGCCGUGGACUCGGACCAGGAGAUGGAGGAAGUCCCGGACGAGACAGACGGGGAAGCGGAGGACAGUAAUGGCGUGGGGACCGUGUCCGCGGAGGUUUGCGACCUGUCGGCCGAGCGAGGGGGCGGGGCCGACGUCCAGGUGUCAGACCCCUACCUGGACCUGAACAUGGCCGAGGGAGGAUACGAGUGUAAAUACUGCAGCUUCCAGACGUCGGAGCUGAACCUGUUCACCAUGCACGUGGACACGGAGCAUCCGGACGUGGUCCUCAACACCUCCUACGUCUGCAUGGAGUGUGACUACCACACCAAGAGUUACGACACGCUGCUGGCCCACAAUGCCCGGCUGCACCCGGGUGAGGACAACUUCACCCGGACGAUGGUGAAGAGGAGCAACGAGACCGUCUUCCAGCAGACGGUCAACGACCUCACCUUCGACGGCAGCUUCGUCAAAGUGGAGGACGACGAGGAGACGUCCCACAAGAGCAUCGCCCUCAGCAAGACGCCCAUCAUGAGAAUCAAGAGCCGCCCGGAGCCCAAGAAGUUCACUGCUUCACACAAAAUGGCCACGGACGACAUCAUCAAGGUGGAGAGCGACGAAGAGGACGAGGAGAACAAGGAGCCGCCCACUCUGUCCCCCGCCCCGAUGACCCCUGCCGCCGCCCUGACCUCUUGCCUCAUCCCCAUCUCCUCGCCGCUGCAGGUCCAGGCCGUCCCGCAGAGCAUCGUGGUCAGCAGCUCCAACCUGCUGCACUUUAAGAGCAGCUCUGCCGGUGGCGGCGCCGUGCUGCCCCCGGGGACGCUGGCCCAGGUUCUGUCGGCGCUGCAGCAGCAGCACAGCGCUCAGACCCAGACUCAGCUGCUCAUCCCCAUCAGCAGCAUCCCCACCUACAACACGGCCAUGGACAACAACGUCCUGCUGGUCAGCGCCUACAACCGGUUCCCGUACCCGUCCGUCUCUGAGAUCAUGGGCCUGUCGUCUCAGACCAAGUUCAGUGAGGAGCAGAUCAAGGUCUGGUUCUCUGCUCAGAGGCUGAAGCACGGAGUCAGCUGGACGCCGGAGGAGGUGGAGGAGGCGCGGAGGAAGAAGUUCAACGGCACGGUGCAGCCCGGCCCUCAGACCAUCACCGUGAUCCCCGCCAGCAUCUCCGCUGCCACCAACGGGCUGCAGUCCAUCUUCCAGACGUGUCAGAUCGUGGGACAGCCGGGCCUCAUCCUCACUCAGGUGGCCGGCAACGGCAGCAACCUGCCCGCUGCCCCCCCCCUCACCCUGACGGUGGCCGGUGUCCCCGGCAACCAGCCAAAAGCUGCCGAACCACCGGCGUCGGAGUCGAAGACGGAGACGUCGGUGUCCUCGGCCAGUUGUGACGCGGCGGGGACGAAACCGAAGAAGUCGAAGGAGCAGCUGGCCGAGCUGAAGAACAGCUACGGCAGGAGGCAGUUUGCCACGGAGGCGGAGAUCUCUCGGCUCAUGCAGGUCACCAAACUCUCCAAACGGGCGAUCAAGAAGUGGUUCAGCGACACGCGGUACAACCAGAGGAACUCCAAGGAUCACCAGGGCGUGCCGCUGGGGGAGGCGGUGCCCGGCAGGGCGGCGUCAGCCGGGGGGGGCAGAGCAGGGAGGAGCAGCAGCGGGAGUCUGAACGACAGCAGCUACAGCGACCACGCCUCCACCACCAUCGUUAUCGACUCCAGCGACGACGCCAGCGACUCCUCCCCGACCUCCGCCAGCGCCCCGGGCUCCUCCGGUCCACCCAGCGCCCCCCGGGUCAAGUUCCGACACGCCUUCCCUGACUUCACGCCACAGAAGUUCAAGGAGAAGACGCCGGAGCAGCUGCUCCUCCUGGAGGCCAGCUUCCAGGAGCUAGACACGCCCUCGGACGAGGAGCUGAGCCGGCUGCGAGCAGAGACCAAGCUGACGAGGCGCGAGGUCGACGCCUGGUUCACCGAGAGGCGCAAAGUGCCGCCGGCCGCCAAAGAUGGCGACAGCGAUGGAGACGAAGAGAAGGUUAAACCGGCCUCGGCUCAGGAGAGGCACACGACUCCUCCCGGUGGCAGGAAGCUGGUGAAGAAGACGCCGGAGCAGCUCCACAUCCUGAAGAAAGCGUUUGUCCGCACGCAGUGGCCGACGGCCGAGGAGUACGACCAGAUGACGGAGGACAGCCGCCUGCCGAGGCCCUACAUCGUCAACUGGUUCGGAGACACGCGCUACGCCUGCAAGAACAGCAACCUGAAGUGGUACUACCUCUACCAGAGCGGCAAGGAGGACGAGGCUCUGAACGGCGGCGCCAAGAAGAAGCCGAGGAAGCGUUACCGAGGUUGGUCCAGGAGGACGCGCCGGCCGUACCCCUGCAAAGCUUCCCCACAAGGGGGCGCCACCGCCAUCAAGGUGAAGUCCGGCAGAGCGUUUCUGAAGGACUACUUCCUCCGACACCGAGCGCUGAGUGAGAAGGACCUGGACGACCUGGUGACCAAGUCCAGCAUGAGCUACGAGCACGUGAGGGACUGGUUCUCCUCCACCGCCAGGCGGGUGGAGGAGGGCAAGGAGCCGUUCAGUGACCAGGAGGCUGAAGAGGAGGAGGCAGAGGGGGAGGAAGGGGAAGGGGAAGAGGAGGAGGACGAGGAAGGGGAAGAGGAGGAGGAGGACGAGGCUGCGAACGCAGAAGAGCACGGAUGCAGCGAGGAAGAGAUGGAGGUGAAAGAACAAGGAGAGGAGGCCUCAGAUGACUACUGCAAGGAGGAAGAAGAGGAGGAGGAGGAAGAGGCAGAGUUGGAGGAGGAGAUCCAGGAUGAGGAGAUCCAGGAGGAAGCAGGAGAAGUCAGCCAAUCACAGCCUCAGGCCGAGGAGCAGACAUGAGCCUGCAGAAUAAACAUCCCCCCCCCCCCCCCAAGAGACUCUGAGAGAGGUCAGUGAUUCUCAGCCGGCGGCUCGGGACCCAAAGACGCCGCAGGAAGCUCCGACAGAUCACGUGACCCUGAUCACACAGAUCACGUGACCCUGAUCACACAGAUCACGUGACCCUGAUCACACAGAUCACGUGACCCGUCCACUGGAUCUUUGGGUCCUGAUGAAGCUGAGAAGCACUGAGACACGAGAGGAGCUCAAGGACCUGGUUUGUUUUGAAGCUCUGUGGGGACCAGCUCCAGGUCCAAGAGGCUUCUCACCGAGCGGCGGCGCCACCAGAGGAAGUUCCUGCUCUGCUCUGCUCACAAGCCUUUUACUCUGGUGAGAUGACGGGCCUUUGUUUUGGCCUCUACGUCAUUUUUCUUAAUAAAUAAAAAGCGUUUUAAGGUAAACUUUGUAUAAAGGAUAAAAACAUCCAGGACAUUUCUGAGGUGAGACCUCGGUGGUUCUGUCGUUGUCCAACAUCCUGAUCUCAGAGUCUUCGAGAGAAACGGGUUUGAAACCACGACCGUCUGAACCAGUGCCAUUCUGUUAAUAACUUUAAAAAAAAGUGCUGGAAUAAGUUCCACGUUUUAACUUUUAUAUUUUUUCAAGUGAUUUGUUACAAGUCUGAUCUUUGAUGGAACCUGAUUCCGUUGUGCGACUGUUUUUAAGUUCUUGGAGAACCGGGAUCAUUUCCAUGUUGGCAGGUGUUCGGGUCCGUUCACUUUCAAGGACGUCGAUUCAAAUUUCACCUCCAAACACAAACCUCAUAAAUCAUAAACACGAGAUAAAACAGAACUUCUAGAAUCCACCGCUAAGCGCCACGGACUGAAAUGAUCCCACUGAGGAAACGUGAAUCACAAACUAAAAGCUUCAUGCAACACAACAGAAAUUAUGUUUAUUAAAUCUUUGUUUAGAUUUUCAGAAAACAUUAUAAUCAUGGAUUCACGUCCUGGUCUCGGUGGUCGUGAGCUCAGUUCUUCACUUGAUCGACUUCAAAGGGAUUUGAACCCACACACUGUUUGUAUCCUCGUCCAAAAAAGAAAUAAAGUUUAUAAAGAGAAGCGAAGGAAUGUUUGCUCUACUUCAGGAAACUUUACCUCAGAGAGUCGAGAGAACUCAGAUUGUGACAUUUACACUUUACCACAGUUUAUAAAAAAUACUGAAUGCAUGAAAAUACCAGGAGGCAAUAUUAUUAUUAUGUCUUUUCCGAUGGCGUUUAUUUGUCCUCGCCAAAGUAAGAGGAUCACGUGAAAGAGAGAAGAGGAGACGUUCAGUUAUCGGAGCCAGUACGGGUGAAACGUGUCAAUAACUAAUAACAAUAACUUUCAGGUUUUCCACAAGAAUCACAGACGAUAUUUUAAGAAACAUGAAAACACAAGCACUUGGCUCGGUGCCGAACUUUUUAACUUUUCAUACGUGUGGGGGAAAAAGUGGAGAAGGAAGCUUCUCAGCUCCUCCUGUGGAUCCGAGCAGGAGGAGCUGAGAUCAUGUGACCCUCACAGAACAAUCAGCGGGGGGGCGGGGGGGGCUGAUGAACCAACAACUCAGUUUGUUUUUAUCAAUAUUUCUCCAGACGCGGGAUCUUUAUGCGAGAUGUGUGAUUUUCAAAGUUAAUUCUUUCUACCCUUUCUAUAAAUCGCUUUAAUAGACAACAGCUGUUAGUAGAUAAUUUAUUUAUUAUAUCUGGUUUUCAUGAAUAUCUUAUUUUCUUUUUGUCUGCAAGCAAAAUAAAUAAAAAGUGAAAAACCUGA